CGCCUGGGCUGCGCGACUCCGGGCAGCUCCUUGGCGAUCGGCCCCCGCUGGGUGGCCAAGAGCUCCGCCCGGGGGCGCCCCGGGGUCCCUGUUGCUGCUGGCGCCGAGGGGGCGGAUCCGGUCGGGACAGGCGAGGGGCGAGGGAAACACCCCGGGAGCCCCGCGCCCUGGCACCAUGCGACCCGCCGCGCCUCCUCCCCGGUCCGGGGCUGCACAGUCUGCUCGCUGAGCCCCCCGCGGUCGCCGCCUCGGAGAGUGGCACCAAGAAGGUGGAAGAGGAGGAGGAGGCGACCCUCGGGAGAACAGUGCCCGGACGGAUUCGGUCGCCCCUCCACCCCCCACCAGAAAGCUGGCGACUCCCGGGUUCCCCAGCCUUAUCAUGCGCUGGGCGCCAGCCGGGCUUUAGGAGAAACUGAGACGCCGGAGCGAGUCGAGACAAUUCUUUGCUUGCUAAGCGUGAGAGAAGACACCAGGAUGGCUCAGGGAUCCGGGGACCAGCGAGCGGUGGGGAUCGCUGAUCCAGAAGAGAGUUCUCCCAACAUGAUUGUCUACUGCAAAAUCGAGGACAUCAUUACAAAGAUGCAAGAUGACAAGACAGGGGGUGUGCCCAUCAGAACAGUUAAGAGCUUUCUCUCCAAAAUCCCCAGUGUCGUCACAGGUACUGACAUUGUGCAGUGGCUUAUGAAGAACCUUUGCAUUGAGGACCCAGUUGAAGCAAUACACCUGGGAAGCCUUAUUGCCGCCCAGGGCUACAUCUUCCCAAUCUCAGACCACGUUCUCACCAUGAAGGACGAUGGCACCUUUUACCGUUUCCAGGCUCCUUAUUUCUGGCCUUCAAACUGCUGGGAACCUGAAAACACGGACUACGCCAUCUAUCUCUGUAAGAGGACGAUGCAGAAUAAAGCAAGGCUGGAACUGGCCGACUAUGAAGCAGAAAACUUAGCAAGACUCCAGAGGGCCUUUGCAAGGAAGUGGGAAUUCAUCUUUAUGCAAGCAGAAGCACAAGUAAAGAUUGACCGGAAAAAGGAUAAGACAGAAAGAAAAAUUUUGGAUAGCCAAGAACGGGCCUUCUGGGAUGUCCACAGGCCAGUGCCAGGCUGUGUGAACACAACGGAAAUGGAUAUCAGAAAAUGUCGGCGUUUGAAGAAUCCACAAAAGGUUAAAAAGUCAGUGUAUGGUGUGACGGACGAGACCCAGUCACAGAGUCCAGUGCACAUACCAAGCCAGCCAAUCAGGAAAACGACAAAAGAUGAUAUCCGAAAACAGAUAACAUUUUUGAACGCACAGAUUGACAGACAUUGUUUGAAAAUGUCCAAAGUGGCUGAAAGCUUAAUCGCUUACACGGAGCAGUAUGUGGAGUAUGACCCUUUCAUAACACCAGCAGAGCCAUCUAAUCCUUGGAUCAGCGAUGACAUCACCUUAUGGGACAUAGAGAUGAGCAAAGAGCCCAGCCAGCAGCGAGUGAAGCGUUGGGGCUUCUCUUUUGAUGAGAUACUCAAGGACCAGGUGGGGCGGGACCAGUUCCUCAGAUUCCUGGAGUCCGAGUUCAGUUCAGAAAAUCUCAGGUUCUGGCUGGCUGUCCAAGAUCUGAAGAAGCAACCUCUCCAGGACGUGGCCAAGAGGGUGGAGGAAAUCUGGCAAGAGUUUUUAGCUCCUGGAGCCCCAAGUGCAAUCAACUUGGAUUCUCACAGCUAUGAGAUAACCAGUCAGAAUGUCAAAGAUGGAGGAAGAUACACAUUUGAAGAUGCCCAGGAGCACAUCUACAAGCUGAUGAAGAGUGACAGCUACGCCCGCUUCCUACGGUCCAAUGCUUACCAGGAUCUGUUGCUGGCCAAGAAGAAGCCAGAAAGUGAGCAAGGUCGUAGAACUUCCCUAGAAAAGUUCACCCGCAGUGUGGGAAAGUCACUGGCGGGCAAGCGCCUUACGGGCCUGAUGCAGUCCUCCUGACCACCCCGACCCCAGGCCCAGGGCCCGGGCCUACAGAGCACCCGGGCAGGCGACGUUCCACAUCCAACGACAGAGCUUCCUUGCGGGGAGAUUUGGUCACUGUGAAGGAGAAAGAGUGAGGGCCAAGGAGGGCACGGGUGGGAAGAUGCAGUGGGUGAAUGGGGAGACCAGAGAGAAAGAGUCCACGGUGCUGGGCCAGCAGGAGAGGCCCUCUCCCUUGUACAGUCACGCACCAAUGCUUAUUCUCAACAAGGGUCCAUUUCUAACAUGGUCAGAGAAUGUCUCAUGGGGUUCCUGUCUGACUAUCACUCAAGAUGUUAACCUCACUUGUUCAGUCAUCUGAGGAAUCAUGCCUUCCAGCAAGCUUCAGAGGGACCCUGGGCACACAGUAUUAAGCAUCACCCCCUUAGUACUCUCUCUAAUGCACUGGCAGCGCUCACUGCCACCUGCUUCCCACCCCCACCCCACUGGUGGCCAUCCAGGUGUCCUGGGUGGGUGACAGACGUUGCUUUCACAUAAAAUGUCAAAAGUCACAUCUUCAACCCCAAUAACUCUUCAAGUUCUCUUCACAUUUUAAAGAAGUCUCCAUGGGUGUGUUGGCCACCCCCAGCUCCCAUCAAAUGUCCAAGGGUCUAGAGCUUGAAGAGGUUACCCAGUACAGAUAACGAAGUGUGUUGUCUAGCCACUGAAGGUUUGGGUGACAAUUUUUUAAAAAUAUUAUUCCUUCCUGUCUUCUGAUUUUUGCCCCGGCACCUCGGCUUGUUCCCUUGUAUUUUACUCACAAUAAACAUGGCCAUGAACUCAGGGGCCAUUGGGCUUCUCCCCACCAGUAGCCCUAGAUGGAAGUUUCUGGAGGUGGAUGGAUGGUACGGAUGGCACAUGGUGGUAUCCUGCCAGGCCUGGCCAGACUCUCAUCAGUUUAGGGCUCAGUUAUUCCUGAAGCUUAAACACAAGAUGCAAUGACAGGCCCUCACCAGAGCCACAGAAUUCCCUUCUCAACCUUAUUCUGAAGACACAGCCAAAGCACCCUCUUAAACGUAGUCAGUCAUCUAAGAAAAAGCGCAAUGUGCUAGAGCCUGUGGGAAAAUCUUCUGUGUUCUUCCAGUGUGUCAGAAUGACCAUUUGCCAACCUGGCUGUGAAGUCUUGCACCUAAAGCAUCACAUCAGAUCCCGAUUGAACAUGCAGGCAGUGCUUGGCCAAUGGUGGUUAGUCUGGUCAUUGUCAUUGUUACUGUGGUCACCAGAUGCCCUCAGAUGCAGAUGUAUUAGGCAACGUGCUUUUCAAUUCAGACAUGUUCUUCCACACACACCUGCCCUGCCAAUAACUGUUGGCUCCUCCUUUGAUCUAUAUUUGGCCUUAGAUGAAAACUCCCCCCUUGGGAGUAUAUACACAGAGAUGGAGAAGGAAAGGAAGAAGGAGAGAAAGGAAGGAAGGAAGGAAGGGAGGAAGGAAGGAAGGAAGGAAGGAAAGAAGAAGGCAAACAUUGCUUAUGUAAGCAAAUUCACCAGCUGGUGACCCAAGGUCCAUGUUGUUUGUUCAGUCUCAGCCUUCUGGGUGUAUCAUGUGGCCCAUCUGCCCAGCCCCCACCUGCAAAGCCUGUCUAUGUCUGCUUCUACACAAGCCCUAGAUCCAUAAGCCUCCUGUUGGUUCCUCACAGGGGACUCUGCCCGGGGCACUUAGAAUCCUCCUUGUAAGAUUCUUGGCCAGCACAUCUGUUUCCAGGUUAGUUUUUCUCUCCUUGAGAUAAUGGUGGAAAUCAGAAGGUGUCCCCAAAGAUGACAGUAAAUACCCAGAUUCUUGUCAGCUGCUCCCACUGAGCCUUGGCAAGCAGAAGUAGCCACAUGAGUAGUGAAUGGGAGAAUUGAAGCCACAACCCAAGUUAUGGGGUCUUCUGGUCCUUUCUCUCUAGCUCCACUUAAAACAAAAUUAAACAACAAAAAACAAAAUCCCUCUACAUAGAACCCUCCAGUUUCUAAACAAAGUUAUAGUCCAAGUUCAUCUCCGUCCAACAUUAUCCAAAGGAAAUUUCUCUACCAAGGGCACCCUAGGCUGUGCUGACACUAAGACAUCUGAUAUUGUCAAACAAUGGUUACAUCCGUGCCCUCAGUCACACAGGACAAGGAUCCUGGCUGCCCCCUGCCCCUUCUAUGAACUACAGAACACAUUCUAAGUCAGGCUGCAACCCGGGUAGGACAGACUUCUUGGCCAUGGCUUCUGUCCCUUUUCUGAACGAGUUCUUGUCUGCUGGUUUUGCAUUGUGCUGACCUGAAAACUGGCCACAUGGCCCACCCAGAGCCAGGUAUACGCUAGUUCUGAGAUGGGACAGGAGGCAAGCUUCUAAAUACUCCCAGGGGACAGAGAAGUGGACAGGACAAUCGACAGGAGAGCCAAGGAGAGACAGACAGAUACUCUAGAUGGAUUCAAACCUAGAGCAAUAAGCUCUCACCGCCCCCCACCUCACUACAAUGGGUAAGCGCAGGCAUGUGGCCACUGUGUGUGCCUCAGUAGAUCCACCCAGGUUGACCAGCCCAAGUCAGUUUGACAUGCAAGAUUAUAAUGCAAAGAUUUGGAAAAUUGGGUCUCAGCCAGCUUCCCUUUGGCCUGGUACACACAGACAAAAAUCAAGCUGUUUGCUAAUCAUUCCUCAGCAAAGCAGAUUCCUCUGCCCUGUUCUGCCCCCUGGAAGCCUGCUAGGCUCUCCCAGCUUGAUGUGGUCUGAGAGGAGAACCUACCCUGGGAUGACAUGUGGCGCAAGUGUCAUUUUGGCAGCUCCCCAGUCUCAGUAGGUGAGACUGGCCCAGGCAGGGAAACAAAUGCUGACAUAAACGUUUCCUGCAUUGGCAAGAGUGCAGCUGAGAGACGGUACAUCUAAAUGCCCAGCAGCACUCUGACACCAGGCUGGCCCAGGUAGCCAGAAGAAACAACCUGCCUUUCUAGAAAGUGUUUCACUUCCCUGGCAAGCUGCUGCUGUGCCCCAGAAAUAAAAGGAGGCCCAACUGCCAGUGAAGCUAGUUAAGUCUUCUCUAGGCUUGCCCACUGCUCAAUAGCUAGGUACCAGGCUAGCACCCAGGAAGGGCCUCUUACAAUGCUAAGUUGCUGCUUGGACUAGCCAAACACUUGGGACAUGCCCAGUGGGAUUCCUGGGAUGUUCAAACUACCUCACCAACAGGAUGCAGAACCAGGUGCCUGGCCCCCUUGCUGGUUGUGAAAGUCAGUGGUCUUCCUGAAAUGUGUCCUCCUGUUCUGUUCCACAUGUGUGGGCUUCAGACAACAGUACCAAGAAGCCUUUCCUGAACAGGGAAAGGAUUGAGGGUCAUUCAUCUUUGAGCCCUGGCAAAUUUCCUGGAGGAAAACGUUCCAGCAAGUUCCAGGAACCGGGAAGCCCAAGGCUGGGGAGAAGUUCUGUGCCACCAGCCUCCAGAGGGACCUGGCUGAGAUGAAUCUUUGUGGCAAGGACUGUGGAAAUAGUUGAAUAGUGGUCAAAUAAAUUACUAAGAACUCACCAUUGGACUCUCCAAGAGAGGCCUGUGCUCAUGUAACCAUGGCAACCGCAGACGCCAGCAACCUACUCAUUAGUGCCACCCAGUGAUAAGGCCUCCCCCCUGGGCAAAACCUGGGGCCAUCAAGUAGCAAAGUAGCAAAUGUAGCAAUAAGGGGCCUGAGACCCUGAGGUGGCAGGAUCCAAAUAACAGGGCCUCAGCCUUCCUCAAGCCUCAGACGGGGCAGAGCCAGCUGCUAGCAGCUGUCUGGGGUUGGGGAGCCCUGCCCACACCAAGGUCCUAUAGCCUAUGACCAUUCACCGCAUGAUCACAGACACGUCGGAAUGGCCUCCUCUUAGUGCAUGUGGCUCUCGUUAGUUUAUUUUUCUGGAAUUUGGGGAACUGGACCCCAGGACCAAACAUGCUGGAAACAGUCUAAAAAUAAACAACUACUUGAACCCA